GGGGGGAGAGAGAGUGAGAGGGAGGGAGAGAGAGAGAGAGAGAGAGAGUGAGGUGUAUUUAUAGUCUUUAUCAGCUCCCCUCCAAACACUGCGCUUGGGACUCAACAGCCCUAUAGAUGAGUCUGUGGAGGAAGAGAUAGAGCUGUGUCUGUGCUUGUGUGGGCGAGCGAGGAGGCUAUCACCGCCACAGAUACGUCCAGCUCCCAGCCUCAGCUGUCCCAAGGUGCAGACCUGCGUCACCCCAGCGCCAGCUCUCAGUGUCACACAGAGCACCUGAUAAUGACAGGAGACGGCCCACCAGCAGGAGAGAGAAGCCACACAUGUACAGUACUGGGCACAAGUCAUGGGCACCCAAGAGUAUGCCAUGAAUAUUGUCUGAAAUAUAUAUAUGUUUUUGUGCCUAAGACUUUUGCACUGUACUGUAUAUAUCUAAUAUACUGUAUAUACGUACAUAUUUGUGGAUAUAAACUGUAGACAUAUGACUAUAUUUGUAAAUGUAUAUAAACGUAAUUCUUUCAUUGACCUGAUCAGAGGUUUGAUAACUGAAUUGGAAUCCCGGCGUUGCUGAACGAGGACGAUAAUGUUGUUGUUGUUGUUGUCGUCGUCUGCAGAUCAUGAAAAGGAACCUGAACAAUGUGAAAAGGAUGACAUCCCACCCCAUAUACCAGUACUACAUGACGGGGGCCCAGGACGGCAGCGUGAGGAUGUUUGAGUGGAACAGACCUCAGCAGUUGAUCUGCUUCAGACAAGCAGGCAAUGCCAGGGUCACACGCCUCUACUUCAACUCCCAGGGAAACAAGUGUGGAGUCGCUGAUGGUGAAGGCUUCCUCAGUCUCUGGCAGGUCAACCAAACAUCCUCCAAUCCUAAACCCUAUCUGAGUUGGCAGUGCCAUUCUAAGGCAUGUGGUGACUUUGCCUUCAUCACGUCCUCCAGUCUCAUCGCCACGGCCGGCCAGUCCAACGACAGCAGAAAUGUAUGCCUGUGGGACACCCUGGUAUCACCUAGCAACACCAUGGUGCAUGCCUUCCCCUGUCAUGACAACGGGGCGACGGUGCUGCAGUAUGCCCCCAAGCAGCAGCUCCUCAUCUCGGGGGGCAGGAAGGGCUUCGUGUGCGUGUUCGACAUCCGCCAGAGGCAGCUGCUCCACACCUUCCAGGCCCACGACUCGGCCGUCAAGGCCCUGGCCCUGGACGCCUCGGAGGACUUCUUCGUGACGGGGUCCGCGGAGGGCAACAUGAAGGUGUGGAAGCUCACGGGCCAUGGCCUCAUGCACUCCUUCAGCACGGAGCACACUAAGCAGUCCAUAUUCCGCAACAUCGGCGCGGGCGUCAUGCAGGUGGAGACCCGCCCCGGAAACCGCAUCUUCACCUGCGGCGCCGACGGCACGCUGAAGAUGCGCGUCCUCCCGGACCGCUACAACAUUCUCAACAGCAUCUUCGACAUCCUGUAGCCGACCCCGCGCCGUCUGGCCUCCAGAGGCCAGGAAGGGAGCCUCCGAGAGGGGCUAGCUCCACAUCCUGUACACCUGAAUGGUUUGUAGUGACGGGAGGGGAUGGGAUAGGAGAUUGAAAGAUGUCCAAGCUUUCGGCAGCUUUCAGCGUGUUUGUACUGUAGGUUUACUGUCAUGUAAAUCAUAGCCAGAGUGAGGUGAAGCUGUGCAUAUUUCCCCACCCUCCCCCCACCCGAAAGCCUGAAAGCAAAGAGUUAAAGCAGCAGUACCAUACAUUGAUUUUAAAAGCUAGAUUUCCUGUCAUUUUCUGAGGCCGACAUUGUUCCAGACUCUCUGCUCGGAGAGCCUGUCCAUAGGGAAGCUAUGCAUGUCCUGUUCUCCUUACGCGGUGCAAUCACAGGUCUAUUGAUAGUGCUCUGUAAAAGUGCUCAAGCAAAACUUUUAAAGUGUGUAAAUGUCGUCAUUUUGUGCCCACAGCUGAAAUCUUUUUAGCAUCUACUUUAACCAGCACUGUGGUUUGUAAGGUCAGUGGUUUCCGGUGUGAAUCAAGUUGUUGGAUCUGCAUUUUGUUUCAAUGGUUUUACCUCCCCCUGCUUAUCUCCCCCGCGAUGGCAGAGUUGAACCCCCCUUAGUGAGCCCCUAAGCCCUUACCCACUAGGCUGCUCUAUCACAAGCCCUGCCAGCGCUGGCCUGGUGUAGCCUGGCCCCGGGUGCCCUCGGCUGUGUCUGCCCCCCCCCUGUACGCCCAACUGCCCCCAAUCGCCUGUUUGUGUGGCAGCCUCACUGCUAGAACAUUGCUGUUUGGAAGAUGACGUGUUUUACUCCUGUGACUGUGGUUUCAAUGUCUCAUCUGUCUGGUCUACCAAGCUCCCCUCCCGCCCCGAGUAGAAACACAACACUACAGUUCUGGUUUUGCACAAUAUGUUUUGUUUAUUGUUUUCUUUUGUGUUUUUUAUUUUAUUAUUAAGAUUACGUUGUUGUUGUUAU